UGUGUUGGCGCCCACAUCACCACUAAUGGCGCUCGUAUUCAACCAACAAUAAGAUAUGCACAACACAGUGUGCAGCCAAACAUUAAAGUAGUGAAUGAACUUCAAGACAAACUCAGAGAGAAUGUUGUUUUAGAUUUGCCACAAAUCGUUGUUAUCGGCGGUCAGUCUUCGGGAAAGUCUAGUGUUUUAGAGUCUAUCGUUGGCCGAGAUUUUCUACCCCGAGGGUCGGGUAUUGUCACCCGAAGACCACUCGUUCUACAAUUGAUAUGCGAUAAAAAUAUCACUAAACCGUUCGGAGAAUUCCUUCAUUCGCCGGGAAAACGAUUUGAGAGUUUCAAAGAAAUACGCGAUGAAAUCACAGCUGAAACCGAUAGAGAGGUUAAGGAAAGCCGAGGAAUAUCAUCAAAACCGAUUAAUCUGAAGAUCUAUUCGCCGGAUGUGUUGGAUCUAACUCUUGUAGAUCUGCCGGGAAUGACAAGAGUGGCCGUUGGGAACCAACCCAAAGAUAUUGAAGUAUUGAUUGAAAAUAUGGUUUUGGAGUACAUUGAAAGAGAUAAUUGUUUGAUACUAGCGGUUACUGCAGCCAAUCAGGAUUUGGCCACUUCUGAUGCCCUUAAACUGGCCGAAAGAGUUGAUCCAAGCGGUGAUCGAACCAUUGCUGUUCUGACAAAACUGGAUCUAAUGGACAACGGAACUAAUGCAAGAGAUAUUUUAAAUGGCAAACACGAUAUCCGAUUGAAACGAGGUUUUAUUGGUGUCGUUAAUCGAUCCCAAAAAGAUAUCAAUGAAAAUAAAGACAUUACGAAAGCGUUGGCCGACGAAAACCAGUUCUUCGCCAAACAUCCGGCUUAUGGGCCAGAAAUGGCCAAACGGUUGGGUAUUAAAUACCUUCAGGAAUAUCUACAACAGGAGCUGUCAAACCAUAUCUCCCGAAAAUUGCCGCCUUUGAAGACUAAAUUAGACUCAAAACUGCGCGAAACUAACGAUAAAAUAGAGAAAAUGGAGAUUCCCUUAGAAGAUGACGACAAAGAGGGACUUCUCUCUGAAAAUAGCCGUAAGUUUCUCGAGUUGUUUGAGAGUUCAGUCGGAGGAAAGGUAUGGAAAGUGAAUGUGACUGAAUUGAGCGGCGGAUCAAAGAUUAAUCUACUGAUGAACGACACGUUUGCCAAAGAAGUGGACGNGGAGGAAAGCGGCGGAUCAAAGAUUAAUCUACUGAUGAACGACACGUUUGCCAAAGAAGUGGACGACUUGUUUGCUGAUGAAAAUCGCUUGAGUCGUGAGAUCGUGACAGCCGUUCAAAACGCUUUCGGUACUCGUUUGGGACUUUUCGUACCCGACACUGCCUUUGUCUCAUGUGUUGAGAAACAAAUAGAGUACUUCAGAAGACCAGCACUGGAUUGUGUGGAUUUGGUAACCGAUGAGAUUAUUACGACAAUCAACAAAUGCGCUGAUAAGAUAAAAUCGCAUCAAAACAUAAGGAAAAUAUUCACGGAUUUAACGGUUGAAUCUAUUCGUAAAUCUAAUAAAAGAUGUAAGGAUUGUGUCGAGCAUUUUGUCGAAACAGAGAUGUGCUAUACGAAUACAAUUCACGAGGAUUUUCUCAAAAUGAUCGGUGAAGUAAAAACUGCGUCCAUAGCUGACGCCCAGUUGAAAGUGUCGGCACAAGUGGUUCAGCAGACCUUAAAAUCAGAUUGGAUUUCAUACAAGAAGACUAAAUAUUGGUUUGUUCUGAAAGGAAACACUCUUUCCUGGUUUAAAGACGACACACUUAAGGACAAAAAGAGUACAAUUAAUUUGAGUGGUUCUCACUUUAAGAGCACAGAAUCCGAUCACUCAGUGAUUAUCGUCUUAUCAAAAACUAAUAGGAAACUUACUCUAUCGCUGAAUAAGAUAAACGAUGUCGAGUUAGUAUUCCCUACGGAAGAGUUGGCCUUAAAGUGGAGCGUAUGGUUAGAGGAGGCGGGGGUUAAGCCGAGUUCGGGUGACAAUCAAACCACGAUCUCUAACGGCGACAAUGAGUCGGUGUCUAACAUGUCUUUGAAGGUUAAUUCGCAAUCGGACCUCAGUAUAGGUGCCGGCGAUGAAGACAUGGCUUUUCCCGAACAUAUGGCCACACAAGUGGACGAAGUGAAGAGAUUAGUCAAUGCAUACAUUGUUAUAAUGAAGAAGACUUUCAAGGAUCGUUUGCCAAAACUAUGUCAAUACGAGUUAAUAGACUCUACGUGUAAAUACAUUGGCACUAAACUUCAGGUACAGAUUCGCAAACAGUUCCCAUCCAUUGAUGAUAUCAUAGGCGAUGAUCCAAACAAAGCCAUUAGAAUUGAAUUACAGAAUUUGAAACAACAAUAUAUUGAAGGAAUUGAGAUAAUGGAUAAGUUCUCUAAGCUAAAGUCUAGUUUAGAGUCUACAGAAUCUACAGAA